AUGGAUGGGGAGGAAGGGUUUCAGCUUAUACCAAUAGCCUUUACUGUUGAGGCUUCUAGAAAGGCACUCGCUAAAAUGGUUAUAAUAGAUGAGUUUCCUUUUAGGUUUGUUGAAGGGUAUGGGUUUCAAAGAUAUUCGACAAUUGUACAACCUAAGUUACGAAUUAGGGAUAUCCCAUCUUGUCAAACUUUGGCUAGAGAUGUGAUUGGCAUUUAUGGUGUUGAGAGAGAGAAACUAAAUGGGGCCUUGAAGGGUCAUAGGGUGUGUCUUACUACAGACACAUGGACUAGUAUUCAAAAUCUGAAUUAUAUGUCCCUUACAUUUCAUUUUAUUGAUGAUGAUUGGAAGUUGCAUAAGAGAAUUCUAAAUUUUUGUCAAGUUGAAGACCAUAAGGGGAAGACUAUAGGUAGAAAGAUUGAGAUGUGUUUGUGUGAGUGGGGUAUUAAUGGCAUAUUCACUUUAACAGUGAACAAUGCUAGCUCAACUGGUGCCACCAUUAAGUUUUUGCAAACUAUAACUAAAGAUUGGAAGGGGACUGUUUUAAAACAUGAGUUCUUACAUAUGAGGUGUUGUGCACAUAUCCUAAAUCUAAUUAUGGGGGAUGGUUUGAGAGAAAUUGAUGCAUCCAUUGCUAAGGUGCAUGAAGCUGUGAGGUAUGUGAAGUCCUCACCAAAUAGGAAUCAAACUUUUAUGAGUUUUAUUGAGAGAUUAGGUAUUGAGUCUAAGUCUCUUCUUUGUUUAGAUGUACCAACAAGGUGGAACUCUACCUAUCUCAUGUUAGAAACGGUAGAAAAAUUUGAGAAAGCAUUCAUACGAAUGGACUUUGAAAAUGAUAGUUAUUUUUCAUACUUUAUGAACAAGGAGAAUAGUGGUGGUAUGGGAUCUCCUAGUGGUUCUUUGUAUGUUAUUGCAAACACCUUUUUUGAUGAGAUGUUUGUCAUUCAAGAGAAUAUUGCCCAUUUAAGUAAAUAUCAAAACUACCUCUUGAAAAACAUGGCAAUGGUUGAUGAGAUGAUUGAAUUGGUGAGGGGUACCUUGGUCAAGUUGUGUGAUUAUUACUCUUGUGUUGAUUUACCAAAUGUACAAGUACUAAGUGGGAGUGAGGGGACACACAUAGAAGGUGAGUCAAUUGGUUGUAGCAAUCCAUAUGCGAUGGUUAAUUCUAGGUUUGAGCAUUUCUUGGAGGUUGAGCAGUUCAUAGGGUGUAGCAAUGAGAUCAACAAAUAUUUGGUGAAAAUUGUGAAAGUAGAAGGGGGAUGUGAAAUUUGA